GCCCUACGCUUUUUUCCUCGUUCUGGUGAGGAGGAGGGUCUUCGAAACCCUGCUCUCUACGUUUCUCUGCUUCUCGAUUUCCUCCUUUUCCCUUCCAUACAAUUCCUGCGGUUAUUCUCCGGCCGGCGUUUGUUAAUCUUUCCGGUAUGGGCUGUUCCCGCCAUUUUCUCGCCGGAGAUUAGCCGCCGGAACCUAACGAACCCUUUUCUUCUCUGGACUUUACAUUUAUGGCCUCGGCCGUUUUGGCGAGUAGAAAUGAACCUCACUGGGGUGAGCGCAAGGUUUAUAUGAGGAAAUACACCAACAACUCAAACAACAAUCCUCAUCUGAACAAGUUCAACCCUAACCCUAACACCAACUCCAAUCCCCCAAAUUCAAACCCUAACCCUAUUUCUAACAGACAAAUCCAUGAUUUUUCAAGCAAGCCCCAUGUCUGGCAGAGUGAUGACCCAACACAACAGAACGAUCUGCCGUCGCCGGCGGCGGACGAUUCUUCUUACAACCGUGAAGGGUUUAACCUCCUCGACUGCAGAGAGUCGUCCCGUGGAGAUUAUGUGAGCUUCAAUCUGGCGGCAUAUUCGAGAGCGGAGCUGAGUGAGCUCAAGAGACGUCUGAUUUCGGAGCUACAACAGGUCCAGAGCCUCAGGGCUCGGAUCGAGGCCAGAGAGAUGGAAACCAGAUGCGGCUACCCUGCUACUCCUCAGUUCUCCGACAGCUAUGGAGUCGGUAGCGAAGUCGUAGCUGUCACUCGGCCGCCUCAGCUUCAACUGGACCACCACGCAAUGGAGUCUCCCGGAGCCGCGGCGGCCGCGGCAAACGAGAUUCGAACACCAAAGGCGAGUCAGUACCAUCCACCAAAUGAAUUUGUUGUCACCGAAAAGAAGAAAAAAGGUCCAGGACUGAAGCGCGCGCAGAGUUUCCCUUCCGGCAGAGGUCCAAAGCGACCUGCGGUGUUGGAUUCACAGGCGAACAAAAUCUUGACGAUCAUGAUGAGGAGGUGUAAACAGAUCUUGACGAAGCUGAUGAAGCACAAGCACGGUUGGGUGUUCAACACUCCCGUUGAUACAGUUGGUUUGGGGCUACACGAUUAUCACAAGAUCAUCAAGCAUCCGAUGGAUCUUGGAACUGUGAAUUCAAGGCUCGGUAAAAAUGAGUAUAGAAAUCCCCUGGAUUUUGCUUCUGAUGUGCGAUUGACGUUCAAGAAUGCCAUGACGUACAACCUUAAGGGCCAGGAUGUGCACAUCAUGGCCGAGAAUCUGCUUUCGCUGUUUGAAACAAUGUUCAAUACUGCCUAUAACAAGUUUGAGUCCGAACAUGGCCGUGCGGUUGCUGCAGAGCAAAUGAACCAACGGAGUUGGGUUCCUCCUCCACCGUCACCGCCAAUACCACCAGCAGAGAAUGUCAGGAAUGAAGCAAUGCAGCAGCAACUUGAUCCAAUGUAUGGUCAACAGAGGAAUGCAGUGCCUGUUCAGGUACAACAGGUACAAGCAUCCAUGGUGCCUGUACCAGCAUUUGUGACAUUGCCACCGGAUGCAAAUCCUGUGGUUUAUUCGAGAUUGGCAUCGAAAAUUCCAAAACCUAAAGCAAGAGAUCCAAACAAGCGGCAAAUGACCAUGGAGGAGAAGGAGAAGCUGGGAAUGUGCUUGCAGAAUUUACCACAGGAGAAGAUGGAACAGUUGCUUCAGAUUAUACAGAGAAGAAAUACUCAAUUGGCGCAGGAAGGUGAUGAGAUCGAGCUGGACAUUGAGACCCUUGAUAAUGAGACGCUGUGGGAACUGGAUAGGUUUGUGAGCAAGAAGGCAGCUGGUAAGAAUGUGAGGCAAGGGCUCAACGGUGAGAACUCAAUUUUGACGACUCAAAUGAACAAGCAGUCACCUACGUCUACGUCUGAAGCCGCAUUGCAGAAGAACAAGAAAGGGGAUGCUGGUGAGGAAGAUGUUGACAUUGGAGAGGAGAUUCCAGUGAGCAACUUUCCUCCGGUGGAGAUUGAGAAGGAUAGUUCUAGCAGCUCAAGUUCCAGCAGCGAUUCCUCUUCAUCUAGUGAUUCGGGGAGUUCUUCAGGGAGUGACUCUGAUGCAAAGAGUGUACAGUCACCAUUUGUUGAAUCAAAAGAAGGCCUUGUGACCUAAAGUUGCAAUGAAGAAAAUUGUUGAUCGGAAGUUGCAAUGAAGAAAAUUGUUGAUCGGGAUCAAGUGGAGAUGGGGGUGACCUUUUAUUGUGGGUGAAUUGUUGUUUUGUUGGGGAUACAGUACAUAUUGGGUUGGGGGAAAAAUGGUAAUGGUGGUGGUGGUGGUGGUGGUGGUGGUGGGAGAUAGAGGAUUUGUAGUCAUGUAUGUAAAAAGAAUGACUAGAACAGGUAACUUUUAGAUUAGGACUGAGAGAUGGUAGGCAUUGGGAAAGUGGAAAAGGGUUGGUUUAGAGUAGUUGGGAGACUCAAAAAUGAUAGAGAAGAAGGGUUUGAGACUUUUUUUGUUUUUUCCGUCUUGGUGAUUUUCAGAGUUAUUUAGAAGCAUAGCAUGAACAUGUACAGAGAAGGGGUUGAAUCAAAUGGCAAAAUGAAAAUCUAGCUCUUUUUUAAGUUAAAUGAAUGACAAAGCUUGUGGCUCUA